AAUAAAAAGCGCAAAGGUUUUUCUUUAUAUAAUUCAAUGGCGACUUCUGAAUUCCCAACUCAAAAGGAAGGAAGCGAAGCUUUUUUACAGGAAACCACUGUGGUGGUAUUUGUCUUAGGUGGUCCUGGUAGUGGAAAGGGCACUCAAUGUCCCAAAAUUGUUGAACACUUUGGGUUUAGACAUCUUUGCGCCGGUGAUCUUCUUCAAGCAGAAAUCGAUUCUGGAUCUGAAAAUGGAACAAUGAUUCAAAACUUCAAGAAAGAAGGAAAGAUUGUCCCUUCUGAGAUAACUGUGAAGCUUCUACAACAGGCGAUGCAGCAAAGUGAUAACAAGAGAUUUAUCAUUGAUGGUUUCCCGCGCAAUGAGGAAAAUCGUGCUGCAUUCGAGAACAUUGUGAGAAUCAAGCCAGAGUUUGUAUUAUUUUUUGAUUGUCCUGAAGAGGAGUUGACAAAACGUAUUCUGAACAGGAAGCAGGGAAGGGUGGAUGAUAACAUUGAAACCAUAGGAAAGCGACUUAAAGUCUAUUUCGAGUCAACCUUACCUGUAAUCAACUACUACAACUCAAAGGGGAAGGUUCAGAAGAUUGAUGCUCAAAGAUCAAUUGAGGAGGUAUUUGAGGAUGUGAAGAGUGCUUUUGCCAAGCUCAAACCAGUGGCCAGGGUGGGGAUCAACGAAAUAAUGUGACAUCCUGGGAUUUGCUUCAUGACAGUAGUUUCCUGAGAUUAUUGGUCAGAUCUCUUCAACUUGUAGGAUGAAACAUCAGUUUAGUAGUGAUUGGUAGGAAAAGAUCUUCUACAGUCCUUUUGACAAUCAGUUUACAUCUUAGUUUAGAGAUGGUGAGUUAGUCUUUCAAUUAAUAAGCUAACCAUGGUUAAAGAGUUUGGAAUGAGGAAAUGGUGGUUGCUCUCAUUCCUUUUCUGAUGCCAGAAUGAUUAGAAAUAGAAGGGUUCCUUUAUGAUUUUCUUCGAAUUGCUUUAAAGCUAUGAAUCAUGAAAGUGGAUACCAGAUGUGUAUGUCAUACGUAGAGGUUAAGUUCUGAUCAGAAGGAAAGACCAGAAAGCCUCUGAAAUGUGACUUAUUGGGGAAAAAUCUUUUCAAUAUCUCUUUCACAGAGGUAAGAUCAUAACCAAGAUGGAACCCUUUUUCUGGCACUCCAAAGCUUCACUAUAGCAAUUAUGUUUUUUCUUCUCAUUGAUUUAAAUUCUAAAUUCUGAGGCUUUUCAUGCAUAUUGAAUUCGCAUGUAAAAGAUGUGUUUGAAACAUAACAAAGUUUCUGAUAUUUUGGUUUGGGACUAGACAAAGCCUCCCCGAAACCAGUUCUUAGUAAGGUUACAAGUUGUUUGCACUGGCAGUCCCCUCUUUUCAAAACAAAGACAACAACGAUUAACAGUACAAGUUUAUUGAAGACGAUCGCUUGACAACACAUUAAACCCAAAAGAAAGAAAAAAAAAACGGAGAGCUGAUACAAAUAAGAACACACAGAAACUUCAAAAAACUGAAGAGUUGUUUUAGUCCCUGUUAUAUGUUAGUGCAGGUUUCUCCACUUCUCCCCAUCCUUAUUAGUGGAGCUACCCGGACCAUCUUUGCUGGUUCCAGCUGAGGAACUCCCACCA